AUUCAAGGCGUCACUAAAAGGGAAACGUUGAACCUGUGCGUAUAUCUCGGGUAAGGACUGUAUAUACCAAGGAAAUAAAAGAGUCGCGUUCUACGAUGAUGAAGCAGUUAGUUGUAUUGCUUGGGAUGGCAUGUGCGGUACAUUCCCAAAUGUCCAGCAUGCAAAAACUCGGAUCGUCUAACAACGAAUUCGCUCUUAAUCUUUACAAUAAGCUAAACGAAGAGACGGAUGGGAAUUUGUUCUUUGGACCACUGAGCAUUUCAACCGCCAUGGCAAUGUUGUAUAUGGGCGCUGAUGGUGAUACUAAGACACAGAUAGAGCAGGUGAUGAGGUACGAAAACAUUGGUGAGAACUUUAGGGAAACGUUCCAAGACCUGAAUAAAAGAUUAUACAAUAGAAACAACAACUAUACACUGAAAUCAGCAAACAGAUUAUUUGGUGACCAGCAAUUUACCAUCAAAGAAUCCUUUCUUACUGAUACCAAUACCUUCUUCGAUGCAGAACUGGAGGAAGUUGAUUUUCGCGCCGAUGCCGAGGCUGCAAGGCAAAAGAUCAAUGGAUGGGUCAAGGAGAGGACGGAAGGGAAGAUUGAGGAUUUGAUGCCUGAAGACUCCAUCACUUCCAUGACUGUUUUAGUUCUCGUCAACGCAAUGUACUUUAAAGGCAAGUGGAAAUCUCCCUUCGUAGAUGGUGCCACCAAAAAAGGAUCAUUCUACACAUCUGAUAACGACGUAGAUGGGAUACAAAUGGACUUCAUGAAUCAGCAAAAGAAAUUCCAAAUUCACGAAAAUGCUGAGCUGAAGGUGAAAGUUCUUGAAUUGCCAUAUGAAGGGGAUGACCUAAGUAUGUAUGUAGUUCUACCUGACAUGAAAAUGGGACUUGGAGAUAUUGAAAAAAUAUUGAACAUUGAAACCUUGGAGACACUUGUAGACACAGCUAACUUUGAAGAAAAAUUGGUCCAAGUAUCGCUUCCAAAAUUUGAGAUUGCUCAGAAGUUUGAUCUGCGAUCUAAUAUGGCUGCACUUGGGAUGGCCGACCUAUUCAGCAACACAAAAGCAAACCUGAAUGGUAUCAGCGAGGGGGCAAAUCUAUUUGUGUCUGCGCUGGCCCACAAAGCUUAUGUAAUUGUAAAUGAAGAAGGUACAGAGGCUGCGGCAAGUACUGGAGCAGAGGUCAGUCUGACAUCAGUCCAGUUUCCAGUGGCGUUCAAGGCCGACCACCCAUUUAUGUUCUUCGUAAGAGAAAAAUCUAGCGGCUCGAUAGUAUUUGUGGGAAGAAUACUUGGUCAGCCUGAUACAGACGCUGUAUUCGGUGGUGGUUUCGAGGGCGGAGAGGAAACCAAGGACAACAUGGCAACCGCUACUGUUGCAUCGAUGACAUGCGUAAUUGCUGGAGUGUUUGCAGCUAUGUUACGUUAGAACAAACAAAGCUAACCAAUGUACCGUGAUUUGAAUUGAUGUACGAAUGCCUUUUAGAUGGCACAGCUUCUUAUACCGUCAUGAUAUUUGCCCAUGCCCAUCCAAGCAUGUGUUACGCCUUGGUCACAUUUGCUCCGAUUUUCAAUCCGGCGCCCAGGCGAUGAGUUUUUUUGUAACAAAAUGUAGAUAUACAAAAUAAAUUGAUAUGAUUAUUAUAGUGGCUAUAAAUAAUUUAGAUAGACGCGAGUCCAUCCAUAGGACUGGAAGUGGUGUCCAUUUCAGCCAUUGUAUUAGUAAGUAUACCAAAUGUGUCUCCAUUGAAAGCUUUUUCAACCAACAAUCUGAUUGAUUGAAUUGGAAAAGAGAUGGGAAAAGUAAAAGAAAAUCUAAGGAGCAUACAACAUUAGAAGAUUAAUGUGUAAUACAUGUACAUGAGAGUAAUUGAUGGUUAUCAUAUAUAAGAAAAACAAGAAUAAAAGAUGGUCUAUUCGGAACAGAUUGUUUAGAAACAGUGUGUUAAAUAAACAUUUGUAUGUGUAUUCAUAUAGACUGCUAAUGUGAAAAUGAUAUUAAAUAAACUGCUUUGAAAAAUAAAAA